CUUGGGCAACUAAGACUUUUCAAAAUCUACCUAUUUCCAUCGCUGAAGUCAGCUUUGAAAUCUUCUCCAACCAUUCAUUACCAUGUCUACAUUAAGCAAGAAUCCUAGCAGCAGCAGCAUCAGCAUGACUUCUCCUUUCUUCCAUGAAUUUAAGAAACAAGCUUCUUUCUUUCUCAGGGAGAAGAUCAAAACGGCUCGGUUAGCUUUAACUGAUGUUACUCCUGCUCAGCUAUUGACUGAAGAAGCUACAAACGGGAAUACACGGGCACCAGACACUCGGACCCUGGGUUCCAUUUCGAAGGCUGCUUUUGAAUUAGAUGAUUACUGGAGAAUUGUAGAAAUUUUACACAAGAAAUUGGCGAAAUUCGAAAGAAAGAAUUGGAGAAUCUCUUACAAUUCUCUGAUAGUUCUCGAACAUUUGUUGACUCAUGGACCCGAGAGUACAGCAGAGGAGUUUCAGGGUGAUAAAGAAGCUAUUGUGAAGAUGCAAGGCUUUCAAUACAUAGACGAGAAAGGAUUCAAUUGGGGGUUAGCUGUUAGAAAGAAAUCAGAGAGAAUAUCGAAGCUGCUUGAGAAAGGACCUGUUUUGAAAGAAGAGAGAGACCGAGCUCGGAAGCUGACAAGAGGGAUCCUAGGCUUUGGGAGUUUCUGCCAGAGGUCUUCUUCAACACAAGGCGUUUUACAGGAAUCAUCACAUGUAACAUUUGGAAGAAGUAAUUCUGACUUUAUUGAUUAUGAAAAUCAGCUCCCAACUACAAAUGAAGGCAGUUCGAUACAUGAAGUUGAAAAAUCACAGCAUAGCAAUGAGAAUGCACACUUUGAGGCUGGCAAGAAACAGGAGACUUUCAGGUCUUGGAGCAGUUUCAGUGAAGGGCAGAUGUUUGAGAAACCUGAAGUUCAAACAAGUUUCAAAGAAAACAUGGCUCCUAUCAAGGAAGAAUUUCAUAACUGGAGUGCAACAGGGGAGUCUAAUCCACUUUUGGGCAAUGAGAACAGUGAACUGAGGACAGAAAUUUUGAUGGAAGAUGAUCACCCUUUCAACAGCACUGAGAAUCAAACUACUUCCUCAAUGCUCCUUGCUAGAAAUGGAAUUCUUCAAGGAUGUUGAGAGAUUCUGCGGAUUCUACAAGGUUUUACCUGAAUUCCUGCCACUGGUAGAUUUGGAGUCAAUUAAGCAGCUAUGGUUUCUUGCUCCCCUUAUGCUCAAGUAAAGGGGAUGAAAAAGCAUGUUUACUCAACCCAGUGAACAGGUCCAUACAGUUAUUUAUAAGAGAUGACAUCCUGUAAAACUAAAGUUUAAAUUUCAAUGCUUAAUUGCUUAUAACUCUUUCCAUACUCUUAGACCCGAUUUCCUUUACAUAAAAAAAAAAAAAAAAAGAAGUAUCUUGUUUUUGAAGCUACAAAUCUAAAUGGAAAUUUGUACCCUU